GUCAAGUCUAGAAAUAAACCUCUACUCAGUCUGGCACAAAUCCCCUUCAAAGUCGGUGUCGCUUUUAUUUUCUCCCUUCCGAUUCUUACGCACUAUUUUUUUGGAUAUGUACCUUUUCUUAUGUAAUCUUUAUAAUGUCGAAUGUUCUUACUUCUAGGUUCAGUAGAUAGAUUAAAUUAAUAAUAAAAAAAAUGUUGGUAGUUUCGGUUAAUAAGUGCGAACGAAUAUGACUAGUAAGUGAAGAUCGUUUUUUCUGGAACUACAAUAUAUUGUGCCAUUGGACCAUCGGAAUUUGAAAGGCCUAAGGCUGAACGGGGCCAACGCAGCGUACAAGAUGGACGACCCGAGUAGCGCCCAACAGGAUUGGGGGUCGGGGAGCCAGGUCGGCAUCUACGGCUGGAGGAAGCGCUGCCUCUACCUCCUCAUCCUCACCCUCCUCGUUUUGGUCGUACUCAACCUGGCCUUGACUUUGUGGGUCCUCAAGGUCAUGGAAUUCAACACGGAAGGAAUGGGUAAGGUGCGGAUCCUGGACGGAGGACUGGAGAUCAGUGGACAGAGCUACAUCCUUGGCAGUCUGGUGGCCAGCAGCAUCCGCUCCAGGCCGAACAGGCCCAUCCAGAUUCGGGCCUCUCACAACAUAUCCAUCGCCACUAACCAGAACCACGCCAGCAACAGUAUAACUCUAGGUAAUGAUGCCUUCGAAGUGCAGGCCUCGAGGUUCAAAGUGAGCGAUCUGCAGGGACGAGCGCUGUUCUCCGCCGAUAAAAAUGAAGUCAUCGUCGGAGCAGAAAUUCUGAGAUUGUCUGGUCCAGGUGGUAUAGUCGUCGAUGGCAGCCUCCAGACGCCACUAGUUAGGGCAAGUCCUGGCUCAGAUUUGAGUCUGGAAUCCCCAACAAGGUCAUUGCAGAUCAUGGCACCUUCUGGAGUCUCCAUCGAGUCUAGGGCUGGAGAUAUUCGGGCCACUUCCUUGACCGACUUCAAACUAGAAUCUAUGGAUGGUGCUAUCCGGCUGGAGGCGGCCAAGGUUGUCAUUCCAGGCUUAAAGACCGCCCAACCCCGAACACGAACCCCCGGAGCUUCCGCCUCCUCAGUCUUCCAGUUGUGCUCUUGCAGCAACGGAAAGCUAUUCCUGGCACCUGGGGACGGCCUCUGCGCUGCCGACAGUGAGAGUAUCGUCUGCCGGUGAACGUGGAGCUCGAAAGAUCUGGGCCUGGCUUGUGAAAACUGUGUAACAUUUCAAGGCUGUCUAAGCUGCGAUUAUUAGAGAGGAAGUUAACCACUGUUGAUGUAUAUUAUUUCUCACAAUUGUACAUAAUUAAUUUAAUUAUAAUUUUAUUUUGUAUUUUAUAAAAUUGAUUGUAUUUGAACGGGUGCCCAAGCACUGGAUAGACACGAUUUAGUUUUGUUCAUAAAGACAAAAUCACACUCCAAGAAAUAUAUUUAAUAGAUUAACGAUACGAUUAAUUAUUCGAUUACUUCAAACAGGUCAGUGAAAUUGUUAAAACAUAUAGCCUAUCGUAAAUUUCAAUAGUACCAAAUAAUUAAAAAAAUAAAAAAAAUUCAUAAAAUUUUUCUUAUAGAUUUUAUGUUACCUUAUUUAUGUCGAGAUGUUAAGCUUCUUUAGCAGCAUAAAUAAAAUCGCCAUAAACGAAAUACCGAUUUCGAUUAAACUUUAAGGAUAUGUAAUGAAUAUUUUGGAGUCGCAGGAAACACCAAAAUUUCAAGAAUAAUUUGUUUCUUUUAACUGUUUUAAUAUGGUGCUUAUGGAGAGCUUUACGAAAAAAUACCGAAAUAAUCAUCGGCUCUAUGUUGAGCAGUUGUCUCAGAAAAACAUAGUCUACAUUUAAAGACAAAAAAGUUUAAACUAAAAAGUAAGAAGUGAAGGAGGAGGAGAGAUGAUUCCUCUUCACCUAAGGUGGAUCGCUUGGAGACUUUAACGCUGGGCUUCAUUAAUUAUAAUUGUUUUUUUAUUAAUGUCUUGUCGAGUGAUUUGCUUUACUGAAUUCGCAACAAGAUCUCGACUAGAAUCUAAGUAAUAUAUACAAAAACUAAAAGAUAAAAAUUAUUCUCAUUUCGCUAUUCGAUUAUUGUUUUAAUAUAAAAAAAAAAUCGGUUCUUUGUGAAGUCGGUAUUAUUAUUAAAUUCAUUGAAAUCGGAUGUUGUGUCUAAAAAAAUGGUAAACAGAACUUCCCUUUCUUUGAUGGCUUUUAAUUGAAUUACAAACCAUUCGCUUAACAUUCAAUUUAAUUUUUCAUUAAAAAUAUAACAUUUUUACUUAUUUCCUAUAUUCAAUAAUUAAAAAAAAAGAAUAAUUUAAAAUGUCAUAUUUCAUAAUGAUGAUUGUUUAUGUAAAUCAGAACUUUUUAUGUACUUUGUCAUUUUUAUUUUAAGCUUGGUUUCCAUUUAUUUUACAGAUAUCAAUUUUAUUAACAGCAAAUUAAAAAAGGCCAACAAAAUUACCGAUUUUUCACAAGUGUACUUAUUAACUACAAUGUUAAAAAUAUAUACUUAACAUUUCAUUGACAAUCAAAAUUUUUAAAAGGAAAUACAUUAAUUGGAUUUAGUAUAAUACUUUAUUUGGGGGAAAAUAGUGAAAUAAGUUAUAAUCAUUUUUUCAAUCAUAAAACAUACCUGUUUUAUUAAAAACCAUUUUGGAUUUUUUUUUCAAGCUAAUAGGCACAAAAGGAGGAAGAUAAAGAAAAUGAACAAGUAUUAUUGUGAAAAUAACAUUCCUGUCUUAUUUAUUUACCUGGAAUUAAUUUUACUUUUUCUUCCUUGCUCGACGUGGUCUAACGGUUCGUAAAGGAUAAUUAAACCAUACCUGUUAUUGUUAGUUAGGUUUACGUAAACAAAAAAAAAUUACAAGUAAAAAAAAAAUUAAGAAGUAGUUCGCGAAAAUUAUAACUAUUGCUUGAAAUUACAAGUGUGUAAACAUAAUUGUAAAUAGUAAUUGUUGUUAAAAUUAUGAAACGCUAAUUAACGAUGUAUAUAAAAUUAUGUGAUUAGUUCAAUUCUGAAGAAUUAUUUUAAAACUUGAACGAAACAAUUUUUUGUUAUUUAAACUUUGGAAUUGAACUGCUCACAUGAAUAUAAAGCUAGUAGGUGCAUUUGUAUAUAUACAAAAUACAUAUACAAAUAAUUAUAUUAAUAAUAAAACGUAAUGAGACGACCUAAUAUACCGUUUAUUUGAUUUUUGUAAUUUUAUAAAUAAUUUUAUUGGGAACAAAUUAAAAAUUUCUCGCUUUAGUACUUUUUGUAAUAUUUUAAUUCUUAUUCUUAGUAAUAUCCGAUUUUUUUACUUGUAUUAUAAUUAUCGUGUUUUCGUUUGUAAUUUUUUUAAUAUUGUAAAAAAACAAAAAAGAAUUCGAUCAUUUUAUGUAACAUUACAUUUAAAACAACACAGGGUUAAACUAUGUAAAGAUAUUCAUUAAAAAGCAAAGCCUAAGUUAAUUAUCAAUGGAUAUUAAUUAAUGCAGAUUAAAUAAAACACUACUAUUUAGUUUAUUGUAUAUUUUUUUUAGUUUUCCGAAUUCAGAUAAAUUUUGUGUUAAAUAUUAACAUAAAAUAAAAAUAACGAACAAAUUAUAAAAUAAGAUCAUAAUAAAAUAAUAUCAUAUACUAAAAGGAAAUCAGCACAAGGAAAGUAAUAAGCAGAAAAGUCCUAAUUAUUUAUUUUAUUUUUACAUAUCUUGAAAGUAUUCAUUUUUUAUUUUUCCAUUUGUAUUUUUUAGUGGUAAAUAUUUAUAAAAAUAUUAUAUUUGUUCUAAGGAUUCGAAGGUACUAAUAAUAUUUUUCUGAACUGAAAAUUAUGUUAUGUUAUCCAGAAAUGUGUCAUAUAUUUUUUCAGAUGUAAUGUUUGAUGCUUUAUAGUAUAAUUAGAAAAAAAUGUUAAUAAAGAAUAAAUGAAGA